AUGCUGUCGUUCGCAAUGUUCUCGCUGAUGAAUCGGUCGCAUGAGGCACGAUAAGGGAUAAAUCAUUAAAAUUGGAGAUCGUAGGCAAGAGAAAUUGCAGCCCUUAAAAUGGGUUAUGAAAUGAAUGGUUUGUUUACUAAAUGGAAAUUAUGUAGAUGAUCAAAUUGUCAUGAUUACUGUGGUAAAAACAUUGCUCAAACAAUGAUAGUACUCCCGAAGCUAAUUAAUCCAAUUCUAAAAAAAUAAAACGAAGAACAUACAGUAUCAGACUUCCUGCAUCCUACGUUUUCAUUUACUUAAUAACCUUUUGACCUUACGCAACCUUGAAAGCUGUUGCUCGCCUCUUGCUCAGUUGUCGAUAACGCGCAAACUUAGUUACUAGAGCUGCGCAUGGUUUGAAUUUUCCCAAAAUGGAAAUUAAUUUUACUGGAUCAAGAGUAUUGGUUACUGGUGCAGGACAAGGUAUUGGAAGAGAACUAGUGAAAAAAUUAGUUGCAGCAGGAGCGACUGUUGUUGCCCUAUCUCAAACCCAAUCUCGUCUUGAUUCUUUGGCAAAAGAAUUAAAUGUGAAGACAGUAUGUGUGGAUGUAGGAGAUUGGGAGGCAACCAGAAGAGCAGUUGAAUCAAUUGGUCCUAUUGAUUGUUUGGUGAAUAAUGCUGCAGUUGCCUUGUUGGAUUCCUUUCUAAAUGUGUCUCCGGAUGACUUUGACAGGUCUUUUGCUGUUAAUGUGAAAGCCAUCAUAAAUGUGAGUCAAGUAGUGGUAAGAGGUAUGAUUGACAGGAAAAAGGGUGGCAGCAUUGUAAAUCUUUCUUCACAAGCAUCACAGGCAGCGUUGGCUGAUCAUACUGUUUACUGUGGAACGAAAGCAGCAGUGGAUCAGAUAUCAAAAGUAAUGGCACUUGAACUGGGACCACAUAAUAUUCGAGUCAAUUGUGUAAACCCUACAGUAGUCAUGACAGAAAUGGGUAAAAUUGGUUGGUCAAAACCUGAGAAAGCAGGGCCAAUGUUGUCAAAAAUUCCUCUUGGAAGAUUUUCUGAGGUGGAAGAUGUUGUUAAUGCCGUAAUGUUCCUUCUAAGUGAUAAAGCAGCCAUGAUUAAUGGUGUAACAUUGCCAGUGGAUGGUGGUUUCCUUGCAUGCUAGGAUGAUGGCAAUUUGAACCUGAAUCUUGCAACCACAAAGAAAGAAUCUCAUUUUAAUUUACAUUUUAUUCUGGGUUUACAUUCAUAAUUAUAUAAUCAUUCAUGUAUUGGAUAUUAAUAUGAUUUAUGAGAAAUAAAAAUAUUCAAUAAUUUUCUUUAUCAGCCUUUUCCUUAUGCAUGUCUCUAUGGUUACUCUUCAUAGCAAAAGUGCAGAGUAGCCACUGGCUCAGACAGAGCCAUUGUCGGUUCCUUAAAAUGGAUGCUUAUGUCCAACUCAAUUCCCAAAUACUCCCUCCCACCUUGGCCAUUAUGCUAUUUCCAAAUGAAGGUUAGUAUGAACAAGUGGGACUAAUGCCCUUAUAUUAAACUAUUAAUUAAGUACAAUUCAACCAAAGCAAGUUUGUUACCCCAUGGAUCCUCUUCUUUUCUUGAAGUUACAAAAAUUGCAAAUGAAUACAGUGGGCUCAAAAACAUUUUAAAAAAUUCUUAAUUUUACAUCCCCCCUAUUAAAGACUUGUAGCAGUUUAGAAAAAAUGGAAACUUCCUUCUGAUAUGUAGGGUACCUUACAAUACCCUACAUAACCGAAUACUGUAACUUUCAAAAUGAAUAUAACAAGAGCAAUGAAUUCAUCAACAUUUUUCAUUGAAAUAUGUUUACACAUAUUCAUACAAGAGACACAUGUGUAUGUUCUUGUCAAUACCACACUGGAAUAGGUUGUUUACCCACACACAGUUCCAUGACCCCCUUUAAACAACAUAAUUGAGAAUUGAUAGUAAAAUCCACAACAAACUAAAAAGUUUGGACUGAUUAUUCUCUUAAAUUGAAACAAAAUUAUUUAUAUUCAUUGAAUAUUUUAUUAUUUUUUAAAGAAGUGAAACACCAACAAAAGAACAGAAAACUGGUUGAUACUAUCACAGAAAAGAUUUGGUUACCUUUUUUCCAUUGCAUUUACAGAGGUAUUAAUACUGCUAUCUUUUAUGGAGGAUUCAUCAACUCAAUGCCAUACAUUUUUUAACUCAAUACUUCUUUUAUUUCUGCACAUUUUCAGUGUUUCACAUGUGAAAAAUUUCAUAAAACUAAAAUUUUAGUCAUAGAUUCCAUCUACUUUAAAGAAUUAUUUACAGUGAACAAGAUUCUCAGGACAAUAUAUUGCAUUGUUACAACCUACUCUAACAUACAUAUGUGAUUAUGUGGAGGGAAAUAAAUUUCACUUUUUAUGAUUUAGCAUGCAAUGGAAAAUUAGUAUAUUUAUUAGCACCCUUAGGGAAAAUGCACCUUCCAGGGUUCUUACCUCUUGGAUAACAUAUUAAUUCUCUAAAAUAUUAGUUCUGAAAUCACAUUAAUAAGCAACUGCAUUUCAAAGAAUUAAGUGGAAUAUUUGGAGAGAAUACAAACAAUAACAAAUAGUUUUAGUCUAGAUCAAAACAUUUUCAGAUGAACCAAAACACAAAGAAGAUAAAACAUAAAUAACACCAUGUUACUAAUUCCCCUUCAACUGUACAGGACAUAAGUUUUAUAUCAGUGAAAUUCAUGAUACCAUUCCUACCCAAGGAAUUUCAGCAAACUUAAGUGUGAAGAAUUUCAAAUCUUUUGAACGUUUUCCUAAGAUUUUAGAGAAACAUAGAAGCAAUAGCUAUUAAGUGAAACUUGUAAACGAAUGUCAAAUAAGUAAACCAGAUAGUACAAUUUCUCAACAGAUGGAAUGUAUGUUUAGUUCACUGGUUUCGUGUACAUGCUUUCUUCGUUUCUGCGUCACUGAUAACACAGAUUCCCUUGCGGCAGAGCUGCAAGAGGGAAAAAUUAAUAUUGUAAUUGUAAGUUAAAAACAGACGUUUAAAAAAAUUAUUGCACAAUUCAUAAGCCCCUUACAACAAAGAAAUAUUUUCUAAAGAAUUUUAAAUUCUGCUUACAAUUUGUGUCGAUGGUUUGUUAUAAAGAACAAAAUCUUUCCUUAGCAUAUUAAAUACUUUACAAAGGAUUAUAAAGCAUUAAAAAUUUGAAAAUUUGUAAGUAAAUUCCAAGGUCAAAAAAUUAUUGGUUGCUGCAACAAUGUAUACAAAUUUAUAGUAGACAAAGAUAAAUUUACAGAAUUGUCAAUUUCAAACUAUAUUUAAAAUCAUAACUUUUUUUAAAACACUAUAGAUACAAAAAAUAAAUAGUAUUUAAUUUUUCCUUUCGUCACAAUCUUAAAACUCAAACUGGUGCAUUGAAGACUUUUGAGAUUUUUUUGUGCCUGUUACAGUGUACUAAGACAGAUGUUUUUUUAAUUUUUUUUUUAUUAUAUAGUUUUUACCAUCUUAU